UUGAAAAUUGAAAGAUUUGAGUCUUUGUGAAACAUAAUUUGUUUUCACUUUUCAGUGCCAUAUUAUCUUGAGAGGCAGUAGAGUAGAGCAGCUGAGUGGCUCAAAAAAAUCUCAACUUUUUUGAUUCUUUUCCAAAUUAAGGUUUUGAAACCUUAAAUCCCUCGAAUAUUUUAUUUCAUAGAUACCCAUUUUAUAAUCUUGGAAAACACAGUCAGUAAUCCCCAUCCCAGAUACUGGAUUCUCGUUCAGUUUAAGCUAAAAGAGAUGGGAGGGGCAAUUAAGUCUUUUAUCGAAAAGGCAUUGCCUUUUGCUGCCAUGGUGAUGGUAGAAUGUGGGGAAGUUGGGAUGAUUACAUUAGGAAAAGCAGCCAUGAAUGAUGGAUUAAGCAGUUUUGUGUAUGUUGUUUACUAUAAUGCCCUUGGCUCCAUUAUUCUUCUUCCUGGUUUCAUCCUCCACAUCUGCAGAAAUAGUCGACCUCCUCUCACAUUAUCGAUCCUUUGCAAACUAUUUGGGCUUGGAUUUUUAGGGAUUUGUCUUCUUCAGGUAUCUGCAUAUACGGGUAUCAAUUAUAGUUCUCCAACUCUAGCUGCUGCAUUGGGCAACUUGAUUCCUGCCUUUACUUUCCUACUUGCAGUCAUCUUUAGAUUGGAAAAAUUCGAUGUAAACAAACCAACAAGCCGAGCAAAAGCAUUAGGAACAAUGGUGGCUAUAACUGGAGCAUUUGUAAUGACAUUUUAUCAAGGUCCAACAUUAUUCAAGACGAUUAUUAAUCAUCAUAAUUCAAAUGAAAAUUUACUUUCUUCACAAAAAUCAAAAUGGAUACUCGGGGGUUUCCUUAUUGCAAUCACAAGCCUUUGUUCUUCAUCAUGGAAUGUUUUUCAGACUGCAACGGUGAAAGAGUUCCCCGAUGAAGUGACAGUCGUUUUCCUCUUUUGUUGCUUUGGGACAAUUCAAACCGCGUUUUUUACGCUUAUUUUAGAACGAAAUACGGAUGUUUGGAUUCUUGAUACGCGAACCGAGUUUGUAUCAAUCGUUUUUGCGGCUGUUUUUGGUGCUGCAAUUCGUAGCAGUGUUAUAACAUGGUGUUUAAACAAAAAAGGGCCUGUUUAUGUCUCCAUGUUCAAACCAAUCUCAGUGGUAAUUGCAGUGAUCAUGGGGAUCAUGUUUCUUGGUGAUGUUCUUCAUUUAGGCAGUGUGAUUGGAGCAGUGAUAAUAGCUCUAGGAGUUUAUACGGUUUUAUGGGGGCAAUCGAAAGAACAAAAAAUGGUGAUAGAUGAUGAAUCAUUGACAGAAAACACCCCUCUCCUCCAGUCAUAAGUAAAGAUUUCUUUUUUGUGAAACUUUGCUUUGUUUAUGUAACUAAAAGAUUGAAGUUUUAUAUUAAUCGAGUUAGUAAAUAAAAGGAUAGGUGUUUUGAGUAGGCAA